AGGAUUGACUGGGGUGAUGUACAUGUGUCUGAUUCAAACAUGUCUUGUAAAGAGAAGGUGUAUCAUCUGCUUACUGUUGUUGUUGUCGCCGUUUUAAAUUUGACAGAUGCUGAUGAACAGAUACGUGUAGCAACAACUUCUGACACCAAUCUUAUAUUUGGAAAUUCACUUUUCAUGGAAGUUUUAGAACCAGAAGACAUAAGAUUUUUAUUCAAAAUAAGACCUGCCAAAAAUUUUGGAGGUGUUUUUGAAAGAAAGUACACAAGGAUGCCUUUGAUAUUAGGAAAUCCAUACAGUGGAUGUAGUCCAUUACAAAAUUAUGAGAUUGUGAAGGAUAGAAUUGUGAUGCUUCAAAGAGGAGAAUGCUCAUUUGUCACCAAAACUUUUAAUGCUCAAAAUGCCGGUGCUGUAGCCACGAUUAUUACAGAUAGUGAUAAAAAUAAUGACGAUAGUACGAUAGAUAUGAUAAAAGAUGAAACCGACCGAGAAAUUGAUAUACCAGCUUUGUUUCUACUUGGAAAAGAUGGGUACAUGAUACAGCGGUCCAUAGAGAGAUACAGCGUUAUGGGAGCCAUCAUUAAUAUUCCUGUAAACUUGACAGGAGUCCCAAUCAAUACAGUUAACAAGCCCCCAUGGACGUUAUGGUGAUAAUUUGUAUGUGGAUGUCCAAUGUUAUCAAUAUAAAAGUGCUGGUUGUGUAAGAUUUCAAUAAGGUAUUGAAUUGGAAGCUAUGCAUGUUACCCGGUAUAUCAUCAAAUAAUGGUGAGGGAAGUAAUUCUUUCUCUAAGUAGCAAUAGUUGAAAUUGAUGAAAAGGCAUAUAUAUAUUUGUUUAAUUAACAGUUGAAAUGAAAUGAUUUUUAUGUGAUUUUUAUAACCGGUAUUGUACCAUUUGUAAAACAUAUUUUCACUCUGAAUCAAGUUCUAGAAAGAGGCUUGGUAUUGGAACUAAAAAAAGUCAAAUUGAUUAACUGUUUGUUAAAAUGUACCUAAUAUACAUUUCUACCUAAGUUCUUAUGCUAAAAUUUAAAAUUUUCACUAUUAUAUGAAGUAACUUGUUAUUUUUCAUAAAUAAUUGCCAGAUGUUGAAAAACUUAGCAAAAAAUGAUCAAAUGUGUUAUUUCAAAUAUAAGUUUGCUUAAAAGCACUAUAUUUUGUAGAAAAUUUUCAGACGAGUCCAGAACUCCAUUUCCAAAAUUUUGAUAAAUCCCAAUACUAACAGAUAAACAUAGUAGUGGAUAUUGUAAUUUUCAUGAGUCCCACAGGGAAAACACAAGCCCAGGACUCCCAUAUACUGAGUCCCAGCAACCAUUGAAAAAUAUAUUAAUCAAGCAUCUCUGCUAUAUUUCUAAUCAUAUCGAUUUAAGAUGUCUUAAAAAAGUGCAAAAUGUGAUUUUUUGAUCAUUUCUUAUAUACAUGUAAGAUUUGUGUUAGCUUUCACACAAGAUGUUGAAGUCAAUUAGAAUAUGAAGUGACGGUGGCAGUUUUAUUUGAUUUGAGCCAUUUUAAUGUAGAAGUGUUUUUUUCUUUUGUGGAUAUGGUUCUGUAAUAUAAUAUUUUUUAUAAUAUGGUUCUGUAAUAUAUUAUUUUUUAUGAUAUUUUUUUUUUCAUAUAUUACAUUAAAUGUAAUUUUACUUCCUAAAUAUGAGCAGUGGAUGUGUCUUCACAUGUGCAUGGAACAUCUUUGUCAAAAUCUAAUGGUGAAAUAUUAUUAAUACAUACAUAAAAAAAAAGUUGGAAAGUCUUUGUGAAGGAGCUUAAGAAUAAAAAAAAAAAAAAUCAAAAUAAAUCUGUUGAUAUUCCGAGACCUUUUUGGAUAUCAACAUAUUCAUUUUGAAGUUAUUUUUUAUUUCAUAUAUGAUAUUAUAUAUAAUUUAGUUUGAUUUUAUGUGAUUGAGUUUGAACUCUUAUUACUAAAAUCUGUUGAGAUUUAACAAAUACUGGUAUCAUAGUGGUAUGUGUUGUAUAUAAAAGUUAAAAUUUUUUAUUUUAUAAUGGCGCUGAACAGUUAUUUACAUUUUCCACAGAUGACAGAUUAUAUUAAUUACCUUGAUAGAUAAAAUGUUGCUGAGGCUAUUGGACAUGGUGUAUAGCUAAAUAAUAUAUUCAAAUGAGUAAUUUUAUGAUAAAUGUGCUUUAUUUUCUCAGAGAAACAGAAUAUCAAUUUCAUUUUAAUUAUAUUAAAAUGUUCUCUCUACAAUUGGCCAUUGAAUUAACUAUGUCGUAGUACUGUUUUGCCAGUUUCAUUAUCAAUUUUGAUGCGGAUAUUAUCAUACAAUAGCUCUACUCUAAAUGAUAAGUUCAUGGAUUGUACUUUAUCAAUCCAAGGGAUAGAAUACAAUACAUUAUAUAUCUGCAUUGACUUUGAUGACGAAAACUUUUAACAUCAAUAUCUACCUGACUCAUUUGUAGCACAAUUGUCAAAAUUAUUGAAAUGCAAUAUGAUUUUACAUUUCUAAGUAAUGAAACUACAUUUGGAAUGUUAUUUUUUAUUAUUACAUUAUCAGUAUUGUAGCCGCUGCUGAUUGGUUUACAUCUGAUCACAUGUUAUUCCAUUGAAUAUUGAAUUAUGCUCUGCGACAGUGAUAAAACAUACCGGUAGUAUUGCGAGCUCGUGCUAGUGUCCUGUUAUGUCACAUAAUUUCAGCCAAUCGGAUUUUAUCAGACAUGUACAUUCUGUUGAGUUGUGCGAGACUGCAAUAUGAUGUUUUAUCAAUAUAUUGGCAGUAUUUAUGAUGUUGUGGCGAAUAUUAUAGAAUAAGAUGUAGUUUAAAUGGCCUGGGAUCAUACCUUUAUUACUCUGUACUCUGUCUUUUAUACCAAAAUGUAAUAAAACAGUUAUGACACUUUGUUUCUACCGAUAUGAUGACCUAUGGAGCUCAACCGAUAUGAUGACCUAUGGAGCUCAACCGAUAUGAUGACCUAUUGAGCUCAACCGAUAUGAUGACCUAUGGAGCUCAACCGAUAUGAUGACCUAUUGAGCUCAACCGAUAUGAUGACCUAUGGAGCUCAACCGAUAUGAUGACCUAUGGAGCUCAACUGAUAUGAUGACCUAUGGAGCUCAACCGAUAAGAUGACCUAUUGAGCUCAACUGAUAUGAUGACCUAUGGAGCUCAACCGAUAAGAUGACCUAUGGAGCUCAACCGAUAAGAUGACCUAUGGAGCUCAACCGAUAAGAUGACCUAUGGAGCUCAACCGUUAUGAUGACCUAUGGAGCUCAACCGAUAUGAUGACUUAUGGAGCUCAGAUAACCAAUAUCAAUCUUGGCCUCCAGCCUUGGUCGAUAUUUGUUAACUUCCUUCCAUUAAUCAUCAUAUAGAUAGAAAUAAAGUGCCAUAAUUGUGUAGUAUCAAUUUCCUAUUUGUGGUAGGAAAAAUGGGUGAAUAAUGACCUAAACUUGUAUCAAAUAAUGAUGUGACCUAGUAUAUUGUCUAUCUCGCCUCUGUAAAGUAAUCAUUAUUUAUUGGUUUUUAUCAAUUCAUACUUAAUCAUCAUUGUGUAUUUGCCCUUGUUGUAAAAUGACUGGAGACUAUGAAUUUGCCAUUUUUAUACUGUAAUAAGUCCACGGGCCAAAUAUCAACUUUGAUUCAAAUUAUCAGGUGAGAUUGUCACUGGACAAUCAAAUAGCAUUGAUGGACAAUCAAAUAAAUAGCAUUGAUUUGGAUUUUUAUUAAACUUAACUUGGAUUGGUUUAUUACCAGGCAAGGGCUUACUAUGUGAUACAUAUGGUAAUGAUUAUAGAUACGUUUUAGAAUAUGUCAAAGUGAAAAUCUCAGAGGAGGUUAGAUUCAUGUACAGUCAAACCUGCAUUAAUGGUUUGGUUCCCAAUGUAACACAAGUCACUGUGAAUGAACCUGUAUAUAAGGUCACCUGCAAAUAAUGGCCUUUUGUUUUUUGCUCCUUAAAACAGGGGUUGGGGGGUGGAAGGGGGGGGGUGCUCCCUCAAACCCCAAACCUCAACCCUGGGGGAAAUUCUGCAUGUCUACAGUUUCCUGCCUUCUGGUGCAUUCUGAGCAUGAACUAUUACUCCAUGGGGCUUUCAAGGGACUUCUAAAUAAGUUUUGGAAGCUAAAAUUAUUGUCACUGUAAAUGAAGACAAUUUAAACUGAAUAUUUUACAUUUGGCAGAAAAUGUUGGCAGACCACAGGGCUGAUCUGGAUAUUCUCGCAGCCCGACCAGAUUCCAGGCAGCCCAGGACUGCCGGGCUACUGUUAGUGUUGAUCCCUGACCCUAAAGUGGCCUUUAUAGACAAGUUUGACUGUAUAUGAAAACAAUUAUAUUAACUUAAAAAUCACCAUUUAAAUAUGACAUCACAAAUGAUUAAUUCUUGUUCAAUCAAACAUUUCCGAUUACCGGUAAUACAGCUUAUACUUUGAAUAAAUCAUAUUAUAUAGUCCCAAGAAAAUUUACCGAUAUUUACAACAAUUCAUCAAGCUAGACCUGUUCCCAUGAGGCCUACAGUAACUAGUCAAGUUCUUAUAAAUGUCACGCCAGUUAAAAGUUUAUGCAAUAUAUUCAUAUACAAUUUUAUACCAAUUUGACGUAGAUUGAUAUUUGGAUAAAUAACACGUAAUGAGAUUCUUAAAUUAUUAACACAAAUAUAUAGAAAAAGUUUAUAGAGUAGCAAAGUACAAAUGUAGGAUCAGGAAAAGAAAUGUUAUAUUAUUACAUAAAGGUUUGCUUUCACUCCACAUAAGCUAGUGAAGGACAAGAAAACUUGCAAUAAUGUAACACUUCUACAUUGUCGGAAACCCACGAGACUGCUCUUUCCAUUUGUUUGCUUCAAAUGAAUGCAAAGAUUCGUGGGUUUCCAACAAUGGCUGUGGUAGUGCAAAUACUAAUAUCAUAGAUAUCAAACAUUUAUGUUAGUUUAGAAUUUGUGAAUUUAUAUGUUUUUUGUAGAUUUAUUAUGGUGGUGAAAUUUAGAUUGCUCAACUUUACAAGAGAAUUUAGACUGUCCAUGACUACUCUCCACCUUGGUCAGUUUUGUGGUGGACAGUAGGUACCAGUAGGUGACAUAAGAGAAUUUAGACUGUCCACGACUACUCUUCACCUUGGUCAGUUUUGUGGUGGACAGUAGGUAGGUGACUGGUUAGCAUUGCUUUGAUAAGUCAAAGCACGGUUAGCAUUGCUUUGAUAAGUCAAAGCACAGGGAGGGACCUGACUAAAAUUCCCAACCAAGAGUCCAUAUGUAUUGUGUUAGUCUGGGUGUGGAAGAAGUUCCUUAUUUUUUUUCCAUCAGUGACCACCAAAUCUUUAACUUGUAAAGCAUUAUGUAUGAUUGUUGCUUAAAAAUGAAAUCCAUUUGUAGAUCCAUUACAUGUCUGACAGCACUGGUGUUUACUGAGUAUCAGGGAAAUGUAGUAUAGAUUUUUUAUCGGUUUGGGGAAAAAAUAUAUGUAUUGUUUUAAUUAAUUUUGAAAUUAUAUUACCUGGAUAUAAAUUGUACCUAGAUGAAAGUGUGCCACGCCAGUGACCAUUGUCUUCCUUUGGUUAUUUUGAUAUUUCAUGUUUUCCUGUAUUACAGCAUUUUUUACAGUACUCCAAAAUAGCAAAAUGCUACAAUGCCAGAAUACCUCCAACAUGUGAUCAUGGUUCUUACGUGUAUAUUACUGUAAAACAGUUUUCAUGAGAAUUAAAAAAAAAUUGUAUUAAAAAUUUAAAUUGUAAUUUGUAGAUGUGAGUAAUAUAACCACUGAUGAAGGCUAUAGAUUUGUGUAUUAUAUCUUAUCAUCCUGAGAUUACUGAAUGUUUUAAAAAGUUACCAUAAUGAACUUCAUAAAUUCUUGAAACUCAUCAAGCCAAAAAAAAAAAAAAAAAGUUGUUUGACUCCUUGACAAUGGUUAAUGCUAUCAUCUGUGAUCAAGAUGGCUAUGCAAGGUUUGAAUUCCCAAAUAAUAAAAUGUAGAGAAUUUUCUUUUCGGAAUUAUCUGGAUUUUUCCUGCGCGUUUCUUUCCAGGUCAUAACACAGAAUAACAUAAACUAAGAUAGGAAUGUUUUUUUGCCAAAUCGAUGAUGUCCCAUUUAAACAUGUUUAAAUACAAAAAAUAAAUUGAAUAUUUAUGAUUAUGAUUUUAAAAUCUAUGGCUGAUUCCAAUACUGUAUCAAGACUUAAGAUUUUUUUCCUUCAGAUAAAAAGAUGCCGACAGCCAUGCUUUUAAUUUGUAGCCAUAAAAUUGGUUUGCUUUUCGCAUGGUGCAGUCUUAAAAUUUAUAAAUUCUGUUUUCCUAUUUCUAAUUCAAGGGAUGUAUGGCAAUACUUUAUACAUCCCUGGCAAAUUGACAGGUUUUGGAUUUGAUUAAGAUUAACAAUUAAAGCAGUCUCAUAUAAAUAUAUAACUCAAAUACAAAUGUACAAGUACUACAUAUUUGUUGAUGCGUUGAUCAAUUUACUUCUGUCAAUCUUUAUUUAAAAACAAUGUUUUUGUAAUUUCGUGAAAUCAUCCGUAAAAAAAAGAGACAUUGAUUGACAGUACCUGUGUGUCAUCAUUUGCAUGUUUUUGAGAAUGUUUGAUUUUAUCCAGAAAGUUUGUGUCCGAUGAUUACAAGUUCUUGUUGAAAUUUAUCUAUGCACCUGGACGGAAAGUCUGAUCUUGUUGAAUUAAAAUCAUUACAGAAACUGUUAAA